UGGAGGAUCUUUUGACACCCAUGCAUUCAACAAUCCUUGAAGAACUAUAUGUAUAAUGAUCUUCCUUGUUUGCAGUCAUCAAAUCAUUAACUUAUAAAAUCAAUCAUUCCAUCAUAAUCAGUUGUUGAGGAACAAGGGGUUCUGUCUGACUUGAUAAAACGUAACUCGUGCACAUGAGUUUGCAUUUCUCUACAGACGAUCAUCCACCAUGUCCGACACCGUCCCUCCGAUUCUCUCCGUUGCCCCCUCUCGAGCUCUGGUCGAUGAGAAGUUCAAGGUGGUGGUGGAGAAUCUGCCUCCAGGAUCUCCAGUAACACUCCACUCCCUCCACCACUCUGAGGACAAGGACUACUGGGAGGCCUAUGGACACUACAUCAGUGAUCACAGAGGAACAGUGUCUCUUGCAGAGGAUUUGAGUUUUGGGGGAACGUACACGGGAAAAGAAGCCAUGGGUUUGUUGUGGAGUAUGCGCCCCGUCCCGGGCAGCCGCAAAGGUCUCAGGUUGAGAAAGAUGAACAUCUGUAGCCCCCUGCUGGUCAACAUCUCGGUCUACAGUGGACAUGUAGUGGAGGGCUUCAGGGAGCAGGCUCCUCUGGCCUCGUCGCUCACAGAGAGAUGGUACAUGGGUCCAGGUGUCCAGAGGAUCGAAAUCAAAGAGAAAGGAGUGCGAGGGACUCUGUUUAUACCUCCAGGUCCAGGACCCUUCCCCGGCAUGUUGGAUAUGUGGGGAGGCGGUGGAGGACUGUUGGAGUAUCGUUCAGCCUUGCUGGCGUCUCAUGGUUAUGCUUCUUUGGCGCUGGAGUAUUUUGCCGACAGUGAGCUGAAGUCAGCAGACAUCGGGCUCAACUAUUUUGAGACAGCGUUUAAUAUUGUCAAGGACCAUCCCCAAGUGAUCCCGGACAAAGUUGGACUUUUUGGUCUUUCCCUCGGCUCAAUUGUGACCAUCUUGUUGGCUGUCGGGAGCAGCGUCAUCAAGCCUCGUUGUUGUGUUUGUGUCAGCGGCAACCACAUUUUUCCAAUCGGGGAGGCUCUCAGAGGAUUCAAUCAGUUGUUGCACUCGAAUGCUCACAAGGUACGUGUGGAUGAGAACAACCAUCAGAUAUGGCGAGGUAUGGGUCUACCAAUUCCCGAUGAUCCCUCACUGAAAGUGGAUGUGGGGAGAAUAAACUGUCCAGUGUUGUUGGUGAAUGGCCAGGAUGAUCAGAACAUAGCCACAGUAGAAGCUGCUGAGGAUAUGGCCCAGAUAAUGCGUGCAGCAGGGAAGGAGCACCUGCUGACAAGACUUGAAUACCCGGGUACUGGACAUCUGAUUGAGCCGCCCUACACACCUCACUUCAGAGCUACUAACUUUAUAAAGGAUGGCAAUGAGAAAGCGGUAUUGCUGUGGGGAGGACAAACUAAACCCCAUUCAGACGCUCAGGAAGACUCCUGGAAUAAGAUCUUGGCUUUUCUGCAGCAGCAUCUGUACUCCAGGCCAACUCUCAAAGCCAAGAUGUGAAUACACCGGCACAGAUCGCCCAGGAAUCGCUAGGGGCGGCUGUAGCUGAGUGGGUCGAGGUCAAGGCUGACUGUCUGCAUGUCGACGUUGUCCUUGGGUGAGACACAAAACCCCAAGACACUCCCCG